AAAGAAAAGACACGAAGGACGACAAAAGAACGGAGAGACAGAGGGAACCUUAGGCUUAGACAGCAACUCUCUCUCUCCUCCAAACCCUAGCUCUCUCUCUCCUCUCCAAUCCGACUCCUCAACCUCUCUCUCUCUCUCUCCAUCUCUCAAAUCGGCGCUUCACCAUCUUCGAUCUCUCUCCAUCGCUACUCUCCGAUCCUAAAAGCUCUAUUGUCCAAAACAGAAUCUAGGGUUUUCGUUGGAUGUUUCUGACGAAAUGAACGGCUUCCGAGCUUGACGAGCUUUCCAAUCCCUUUUUGUUUGAAUCUGAGAACUGAAUAGUAGAAAAGAAUAUGUAUAGGGAUCGUGGUGGUGGGUCUUCGAAAUCGGAGAUUGUUGGACCGCUCGAUCGGAAGCGCAUCAACGAUGCCCUGGACAAGCAUCUCGAGAAGUCUUCACCGUCUACUUCGAGGGCCUUGAGCAGUAAGGACAAGGAGAGGCUCUCCGUUCCUUCCACCUCCGCCGGUAAAUCACAGCUCGAUCAUCGUGAUUCUCGCUCCGCCGCAGCUUCUCUCUCUAAGAAUAAAUGCUCUGAUGAGGAAUCUGAGACGGAUAGUGAAGAAUCCGAUGUAAGUGGCUCUGAUGGAGAUGACACUUCUUGGAUUUCAUGGUUUUGCAAUUUGCGAGGAAAUGAGUUCUUUUGUGAAGUCGACGAUGAAUACAUUCAAGAUGAUUUCAACCUUUGUGGUUUGAGCAGUCAAGUUCCAUAUUAUGAUUAUGCACUUGAUCUGAUUUUGGACGUGGAAUCUUCACAUGGGGAUAUGUUCACUGAGGAGCAAAACGAGUUGGUUGAAUCAGCAGCGGAGAUGCUAUAUGGUCUUAUUCAUGUCCGAUAUAUACUCACUAGCAAAGGAAUGUCUGCAAUGUUGGAGAAGUACAAAAACUAUGACUUUGGAAGAUGCCCACGAGUAUAUUGCUGUGGACAACCUUGCCUUCCUGUUGGCCAAUCCGACAUUCCUCGUUCCAGUACUGUAAAAAUUUACUGCCCGAAGUGUGAAGACAUCUAUUACCCUCGAUCCAAAUACCAAGGCAACAUUGACGGAGCAUAUUUUGGAACCACAUUCCCCCACUUAUUUUUGAUGACAUACGGGCACCUUAAGCCACAGAAGGCCGCGCAAAGUUAUAUUCCAAGAGUUUUCGGCUUCAAGAUUCACAAGCCGUGACCCCCGCUGGAUGUUGAAGUUGGAAUAUGCAUUCGGUUCCCUAGUUAGCCUCAAUCUGUGGUUGUUUGCUUGCAUCUUUGCAUCCAGCCUUUCAUUGAAAUCGGAAUGGCAUGGCCCGUAUAAGCGAGGUAAAAUGCAGUAUUCCAUAAAAGUACCACAAUUGAUUUACCAAAAAGGAAAUGUUUAAAGUGCAAAUUGAUCCUAUUAGCCGAGUUAUAAACUUUUUGUCUUUAAAUUUUACUUGUGAGAUUAACAAAGCGUUUGUAAGCCCUUAUUAUUUCUCUUCUUUUCUUUCUCUUAGUCCUUUUUGAGAUUGUUUGAAAGUGCUUUGCAUUUGCAGCUCUUUAUUAUGUAUUCCUUUCUUUAAUGCCUAUUUAAUCACCAACAAUAUAACCUCUGUUGUUGAGAACUACUUAAGAUUAUGGAAAACAGUGCAGAGACGGAGGGCCAUGUAUUUUUUACUAAUUAAUUUGGUUUAAACAGGUGUAGAACCAUCUCAAAAUUAUACCUUCUUUGGGCAAUACUUCUCCUCUAUUGCUCUCAACCCAA